AUGACUCUUCAAAGCGCAUUAGAGCAAAUUGAAGAGCAAUUAGAGAUCAACGAACGAAUAGAGAAGGAAAUAGCCCAAAAGAGGAUAGAAUUUGCAGAAGAGAAAGCAAAGAUUUCUCUCACUGAAAUGAAUUUUGAUGAUAGCGAAAUAUUCAAUCAAUUAGACGCCGAAUAUAAGGAUCUAUAUAACGAACUUUCAAAUAAAACAAAGAGCUUGGAGUCUGAAUAUCGAAAUCACGAAGAAGAAAUAAAUAAAAUCGUUGAGUCACUGAAAUUCCUAUACGACAAUCAAUCAAAGAUUAACAUAGAUUAUUCACGAUCAAUUACCGAUUCCAAAUUAUCAAAAUGCUCAAAUGAAAGAGAUGAAAAAUAUGCCAAACUUCUGGAAGAUCAAAUAAGUGAUCUUGACGUUAUUAUACGCCAAGUGAAAUCACAAAUUAAACAAACCGACAAAGAACUCGGUCAUCAAACGGAAAUAAGCAAUUUAAUUCAAGAAAGAGGCGGAGGAGCUCUCGAAACAGUUAAUGAAAUCAAAUCACUCGAAUCUGAUGUUAGGAAAAUUACAAACAGUUUGGAUGACGGAAAUAACGAAAUUAUGAAUAUUCAAGAAAUUAUGGCAAAUGAUGAGGAUGAAUACGCAGCACAAAUGGAAAAAAUAGAAUCUUUAUACGGAUAUCAAAAAAUCCACAGUGCAAUGCGUGGAAUUUUGCAACAAUACAACCAAUCUAUUUCAGAGAAUCAGGAAUUCUUAAUGAAGCUAGACCGAAACAUUUCUAACUCUGAAAAUAGAUAUAAGGUGCUUUCAAAGCUUCCAAAAAACAAUAAUUUGCCAAAUGAAGAAAUUGAAAUGGAAACUGAUCAGCUAAUUAAGAAUCUUAAGUUACUUCAGAAAAGAGAAUCCAACAGGAUUAAAUAUUCAAAGGCAGAAAUGGAAGAAUUAACCGAAUUAAUCCAAAAAAGUGAAAAGAAGGUCGAGCAGCUGAAAUACAGUCUCAGCAUUGCACAGCAGCUUCUAAAAGCAGAGAAUAGGGAUAUGAAGAACGUAGUAAGCAAACAAAAAGAAUCAAAUUUCGACAGGGAAACGGAAACACUCGCCAGUAUUAUAGAUUACCGUCUGAAGACCCCUCAGCGCGCUUCGCCAAAGAAGAGUUUAAUUCCAAGAAGAACACCAAAAUAA